UGCACUGAGGCAGGUCGCCCUUGUGAAGAACAGGGUGCUGGCUACAGUUGGAGAUAAGGAGUGGAUCCCAUAUGUCAAGUGGUAUGGGAGUGCUCCAACUGUGAACAUGCUGAGGGCAUUUGGGUGCAUGGUGGUGUUUCAUGUGCCUAAGGAGAAAAGGGGGAAGUUGGAGGCUUCUGGAAGAUGGGGUGUGCACUUGGGGAUUGCAAAGGAUCACAAGGGAGGCCUUGAAUGGACCAAAUGGGGAGAAGUGGAAGGCGAGUGAGGAUGAGGAGUUCGGGUCCCUAAUUGAGAACGAGACAUGGGACCUGUGUGACUUGCCUCCUGGAAAGAAGGCAAUCACUUCCAAGAUGAUCUACAGGCACAAGUAUGGACCUGAAGGGGAGCUGACCCGCUACAAGUCUAGGCUUGUGGCACGGGGGUUUCAGCAGACAAAAGGGAAGGACUAUGAUGAGGUGUUUGCUCCUGUGGGGAAAGGAACAACACUGAGGGUGCUGUUAGCGAUAGCUGCACUCCUGGGAUGGAAGAUACGGCAGAUGGACAUUGUGACUGCUUUUCUGAAUGGGAUCAUUAUGGAGGAGGUGUACAUGAAGCAGCCAGAGGGGCUGGAUGACGGGAGCGGCAGGGUCUGCAGGCUGAAGAAGGCCAUCUAUGGCCUUAAGCAGGCGCCUCAUUCUUGAACUUUGAUUGAACUCUUGAGAUU